GCUGCUAACGUGGCUGGGCGGCUGAGCCGGCGAGCUCCAGCGCUUUGCAAGGCGUCUGUGGCCGUGGCGAGAGCCGCUCCGGGGGAAGCCCAGCCGCCUCCUCCUCCUCCUCCUCCUCCUCCUCCUCCGGGCCAUGCAGAAGCUGCUGCAACAACUCCCCGCCGGCGCAGCCCAUUUGGUCAAGGCGCCGCCGGCGGGCACCGAGGAGGCCAAGAGCCCCGUGCUGGUGCCCGAUGGAGCGCCGCAGAGCUGGUACCGAACCCUGGAAGGCGACGAGCUGAGGCUGCUGAAGGGCCCCGACCCAGAGGCCGCCCCCGCCGGCCAACAGCAACAGCAGCAGCAGCACCAGGAGCGCAGCUUGGAGGGCAGCGUGGCGCAGCCGCUCCGACAUGAUGAUCUCAAGGAGAUGCUGGACAGCAACAAGGAUUCCUUGAAGCUGGAAGCGAUGAAGAGGAUUGUGGCGAUGAUAGCUCGAGGCAAGAACGCAUCAGACCUCUUUCCAGCCGUGGUCAAAAACGUGGCUUGCAAGAAUAUAGAGGUGAAGAAACUGGUUUACGUCUACCUUGUCCGAUAUGCAGAAGAACAGCAAGAUUUGGCCUUAUUAUCAAUCUCGACGUUCCAGCGAGGACUCAAGGAUCCCAAUCAGCUGAUUCGAGCCAGCGCCCUCCGGGUCCUCUCCAGCAUCCGUGUCCCCAUCAUUGUCCCCAUCAUGAUGUUGGCCAUCAAGGAGGCAGCAUCGGACAUGUCUCCGUAUGUGCGCAAAACUGCAGCUCACGCCAUUCCUAAGCUGUACAGCCUUGAUUCAGACCAGAAAGACCAGUUAAUUGAGGUCAUUGAGAAGCUGCUGGCUGAUAAGACCACGUUGGUGGCUGGCAGCGUGGUGAUGGCCUUCGAGGAAGUCUGCCCUGAGCGCAUCGACCUGAUUCACAAGAAUUACCGCAAGUUGUGCAACCUGCUGAUUGAUGUGGAGGAAUGGGGCCAGGUGGUGAUCAUUAACAUGCUGACCCGCUAUGCCCGCACCCAGUUCCUCAGCCCCAACCUGAACGAAUCUCUCCUGGAGGAGAGCGCCGAGAAAACCUUCUACGGAUCCGAAGAAGAAGAUGCCAAAGACGACAAGGCCAAGUCAACACCCUUGGCAAAGCGCAAGCCUUACGUGAUGGAUCCUGACCAUCGGUUACUACUGCGCAACACCAAACCCCUGUUGCAAAGCCGCAAUGCUGCAGUGGUGAUGUCAGUCGCUCAGCUCUACUUCCACCUUGCUCCCAAGGCUGAAGUUGGGGUCAUUGCGAAGGCCCUGGUGCGUCUCCUGAGAAGCCACAGUGAGGUUCAAUAUGUGGUGCUUCAGAACGUGGCUACUAUGUCCAUCAAGCGUAGGGGAAUGUUUGAGCCCUACCUCAAAAGCUUCUACAUCCGAUCAACUGAUCCCACCCAGAUUAAAAUCCUCAAGCUGGAAGUUUUGACCAACCUGGCUAAUGAAACCAACAUUUCUACCAUAUUGCGGGAAUUUCAGACAUAUAUCCGGAGCAUGGAUAAAGACUUUGUGGCAGCCACAAUCCAGGCUAUUGGCCGUUGCGCCACUAACAUCGGCCGAGUGCGGGACACGUGUCUCAACGGACUCGUUCAGCUGCUCUCCAACCGAGAUGAACUGGUGGUGGCCGAGUCGGUGGUGGUCAUUAAGAAGCUUCUACAGAUGCAGCCAUCACAACACAGUGAGAUCAUCAAGCAUAUGGCCAAGCUGACAGAUAACAUCCAGGUUCCCAUGGCCCGGGCCAGCAUCUUAUGGCUGAUUGGUGAAUACUGUGAGCAUGUGCCCAAGAUUGCCCCAGAUGUUCUACGCAAGAUGGCCAAGUCCUUCACCAGCGAGGAGGACAUUGUGAAGCUGCAGGUCAUCAAUCUGGCAGCCAAACUUUAUCUGACCAACUCUAAGCAGAGUAAGCUGCUGACCCAAUAUGUGCUGAAUUUGGCCAAGUAUGACCAGAACUAUGACAUUCGGGAUCGUGCCCGUUUCAUCCGCCAGCUCAUUGUACCCACGGAAAAGAGCGGUGCCCUUAGCAAGUACGCCAAGAAGCUUUUCCUGGCACAAAAGCCCGCUCCCAUUUUGGAGUCCUCUUUCAAAGAUCGUGACCACUUCCAGCUGGGCUCCCUUUCACACCUUCUCAAUGCAAAAGCGGUGGGCUACCAGGAACUUCCUGAGUGGCCAAGUGAAGCUCCAGAUCCCUCUGUGCGCAACGUGGAGGAAGACUUCAUUGAUCCUAGAGGAAGCCACAUUGGGCUACUGGGUGGACCCAAAGAGGUCCCGGAAUGGACCAAAUGCACCAGCCGUGAGAAGAGGAAGGAGAAGGUGGAGAAACCUUUCUAUUUGGAUUCAGAGGGAGAAUCGGGAGCGACGGAAUCUGCUGACAGUGAGCCUGAGACCAUGAGUGGAUCUGAAAGCGGAAGCGAGAGUGGAUCGGGAUCCGGCAGCGAAGAAGAGGAUGAGGAAGACAGCGAAGAGCAGUCGGAAGAGGAGGAGGAGGAGGAGGAGCAGGAGGAGAAGAAGAAAAAGAAGAAGGGGGAAACUCCCCGGAAAGGUCUGCUGGAGGAGAGCGCUGGCAGUGAGGAGGAAGAGGGCAGAGGAAGAAGAGGAGGAAAGGAAAGGAGCAAGAAGAAACGAUCCCCCCAGGGAGCAAAGGAAGACUCGACCUCCUCCUCAUCCGAAGAGGACAGCUUGUCUGAAAGUAGCUCCACCGAAUCGGAGUCUGAUUCCGAACCGGAAGAACCUCAUCCGGAGGAGUCGAAGAAGAAAAAGCUGCUUCCCAGCAGGAAACCUCCUACUAAAGCACCCAAGAAAGGAUCAAAGGAGAUCUCUCUGCUUGAUCUGGAUGACUUCACACCCCCAUCUUUGCAGCCGAUUACCAGCAGCCCAGUUCUCUCCACUAGCCUCGUGACCGACCUGGAAGGUCUCACCUUGACCGACACGUCUCUGACUGCAGCUAUGAUCAGUCCUGUCUUUGGGGCAGUGAAGAAAUAUGAGCUGCUGCAUCGCAUGACCGGAGAAGGACUCUCCGUAGAAUAUUAUUUCAACCGGCAACCUUUUGCUCCUGAUCCCCGCAUGGUAGCUGUGCAGAUCCAGAUCUGCAAUAACAUGGCAACUGAAGUGAAAAACAUCCGUGUGACUGAGCCCAAACUUCUCUCAGGCAUGCGUAUCCAGGAGUUCAAGGAGAUUGAGUCUCUGGCCCCUGGGGAGACGGUCAGUGUGGUGAUGGGCAUAGACUUCUGCGACUCUACCCAGGUGGCGAGUUUCCAGUUGUGCACACAUACCCGCCAGUUCUACCUGUCCAUCCAAUCACCAGUUGGGGAGCUUAUAGCUCCAGUGUUCAUGAGCGAAAACGAAUUCAAGAAGGAGCAAGAGCAUCUGUUAAGGACGGUCGCGGGAAAGCUAACAGGGAUGAGUGAAAUCACAGAGAAGCUGACUCUCCCGGACACCUGCCAGAGUGACCACGUGAUUGUGCAAAAGGUGACAGCUGCUGCGAACGUUAGCCGGGUACCCUGCGGUUCGGACAAAGAGUACAGGUUUGCUGCUAAAACAGUGAGUGGGGAAUGUCUCAUCUUGAUCACGCUGGAGAAGAAGGUGGACAACUCGGCGCAGCUUACCAUCAACAGUGAGAAGAUGUUGAUUGGUACCAUGCUGGUGAAAGACAUCAUCCACUCCUUGACCCAGGAGUGAUGGAGAUAGAAUUGGGAGUUCCAUCUCCCAGGAAUAUCAAUCAUCUGAGCCAAUGCUUCUGUUGGCUGAGGCCUACACUCCAAUGUUUCCGUCGGUUGUGGUUGUAGUCCACGUGGAAAUGCUUGGAGGAGAGUGAAGCUGUGUGUGUGUGUAUGUCUCUGUGUUUAGAGCACUGGGAAGAUUCUUGUGACUCCACAGCCUUUGUUGUCCCUGCCGUCUCCAUUCUUAUGUUCUACAGCUCUAUUUAUUAUGAGCAGAGACUGUUCAAUAAAAUGGC